UGGUUUGCUAACGAAAAACAGAAGAAGAAGUUGACCCGGAUGUUGAUAUUGUAGCGACCUGUCAUCCCCACAAACUGUUUUAGGUCACUUCAUAUCGUUCAUAGUAGCAUGAAUAGAUGCCAAGAAAAGCAAUCCGAAGUGGUGUAGGAGAGUUUAAUCCAACGAUAGAGUCUAAUUAACCCGAUAGAAAUCUGUGACCAUGUCCCAGGAAGGAUAUCAAUCACCAGCAGCAGUGGAAACUACCGCCGACACGGGCUUGAACAUGCACGAAAUGCAGAUGAGCAAUCCUGGGAAGACACCUAUACAAAUCCUGCAUGAAUAUGGCACCAAAACUGGCAACCUUCCUGUAUAUGUGAUGGAGAAGGCUGAAGGUGAGGCUCACCAGCCCAGCUUCGUCUUCUGUGUGACAGUCGGAGACGUGAGCUGCUCAGGUCAAGGUCCCAGUAAAAAGGCUGCUAAACACCACGCUGCAGAGGCUGCCCUGAAAAUUCUGCAAAUAGACACUGGACCAGUGAAUGUUCCUGUGAAGUCUGAGAGUAACGGUGUUGCAGCAGAAACAAACCACCACACCAACUCAGUGGGGAUACUGCAGGAGCUUGCAUUGCAGAGAGGAUGGCGUCUUCCUGAAUACACAUUUUUAAUGGAGGCUGGUCCGCCACACAAGAGAGAAUUCACUGUUACUUGUCGACUGGAGUCUCUGUCAGAGAAAGCUGUAGGACAUUCAAAGAAGGCAGCAAAAAAGGCAGCUGCAGAGAAAAUUCUGGCGAAACUUCAAAGUCUGUCAGACUGUUCUGAAAUCACAUGGGCGCCUAAACCAUGUGUCCGAUUUGAGAACUUAAGGAACUCCUCAGCAGAGAAGAUCUCAUUAUUGAGAAGAAACCCGCUGAGCAUCCCCAACAAAGACUACAUUCAGAUGAUGUUGGAGCUCUCCAAGGAGCAAGGCUUUGAGGUCACGUACUUCGAUAUUGAUGAGCUGACAGUGAAUGGCCAGUACCAGUGCCUAGCAGAGCUGUCCACCUCCCCAGUCACCGUGUGCCACGGCACAGGCAUUUCCUGCAGCAACGCGCACAACGAUGCAGCACAUAGUGCACUCCAGUACAUCAAGAUCAUGGCCUCCACCAAGUCUGUAAAUCAAGGUGACACCUGUGGAGUCCAGGGGACAGAAGGGACAGGCGGGACAGAAUAAUUUAAAGAUGAAUGGGCCAGUCCUUCUUGACGGAGUUCAUUUGGUUGUUUUGCUUUCGUCACACAACCAAGCUAUCCUUGUGACAACUGUACAAAGACCAUCCUUUGAAGAAGGCUGUGAGAUGUGGUUGAAAGUUCCUAGAAAAAGCUAUUAGAAACUUUGAGUUUUGGCCCAGCUGAUUUAUACUGACAAAAUCUGUUAGGCAGAAAACAGGGGGUAUAGAAAAGAAGACUUUCAACAGGAAGAACCCAUGAACAGACCAGUAAUAACUCUAUUAAAACAACUGAUUUAUUUGUAUAAAGAACCAUACCAGCCUAAACAGGUUGUUCCAGAGUCUACACACUGUGGUGAGAGGGGCCUGACUCUGGUUUCCAGCCAAGUUUUUGGACCAAUAAUUAGUGAUCCUUGUACAAAAUGCAAUGAGGCCCUUGAAUUUCACAACAGAUCACACAAUAGGAGGGCAUUAAGAUAGUUUGUGACUUGGAGAAGAUCAUGGCAAACCUCAGUUUAAAUUAGAAAUAUUCAUAGAAAGAUUGGCCCAACUUGCACAGGCUAUCCCAAAACUCUCUGCGAUUCAAACCGCCUCUGUGCACCGUGCUUUACAUUUUUAUUUCCAUUUUAUUUCUGUUCUGUAUCGAGAUCAUCUCCUCUGUUCUUGAGUUGGUCUGUUUUGGUAACCUGGUCAUGGAAUAACAGUAAAUCUAAUCUUUUAAAUUAAAUUUAUGCAGUUGAGCCGGCAAGUGCCCCAUCA